UGGGUUCCGGAUAUAAAAUAGUAUGAAUUUUACGAGUGGCGUAUUUUCCAAUAAAACUAACUCUUUCCUUUUGAAACAAAAUCAGUAAUAAUUUGAAGGAAGAUAACCCCUCGAUUCUGACUAACAGACCGUGUUCACACUGAGUGAUAGCAAAACAGUGAACUCUACAAAAUUAAUCUGUAACCCGAGGCGGUGAAAGGCGACUUCAAACGAAGGUUACGAAGUUGUGGCAGCUUUUCAUCAGGCAAGGAAAACUAUUCACUGAAAACAGUCAUCCUCAUCACAAUCAAAAUACACAUUGUUUGUUUUUCCAACGUUAGCUCAUGAUAAUUUUGAUGACUUGUUAUUCUCCAAUCCCGUUGUAAUAAAAAGUCUGAUUACGCUGAUCUUUUAACUCUUGUCAACAAAUGUGGCCGAAAAAAAGGCUUUCGCUUUCUGAACUGAGUAUACUCGAAUGUAAAUAUAUAAAUCAUAAAACGAUAAAGAACUGGAUUUAUCUUUGGCAAAACCAAAAAUUUACUCAAUCUGUUGGUUCAACCAUUUGGCAACCCCGCCUCCCAUUCAAACCAGGAAAUAAACGUUUAUCUUUAAUAGAGGUUGUUAUUGUCUCUGCAACAGAUUUAAGACAAGAAAUUAAACAAAAAAGAACUGACGAGAAAAUGAAGCAGUCAUUCUGUUUGAUCAUAGGCGUUGUUUUCUUGUUUGGAGCUGCUGUCGUGCAAGGUCAACUUGCAACCUUGCGAAAUAUAAACUGCAGUGACGCCUCAUCAAUCAGUUUUGUGAUCUACAUACCUGAUAUUGAUGAAUGGGAAGGUUCCACUGACGAACGUUCUUGGAGUUUAAACGAUACACCAGAUGAAGCAUGUGAGCCGACAUUUGAUCAAAGCAAUCGCGUGGUAUCGUACUCCAAUAUUAACGCUUCAGUCUGUGUUUCCGGCGGCCCGUCUGUAACUCCCGACAGUAGCAAAUUUGAAUACAAAUUUGAAAUUUCCGUUGAUGCAAUAGCUGGCUCCACCAUCAAUCCUGUAACGUUCGCUUAUGACCACGACUACGUCGUCAAGUGCUUUUACAACAGGGAACAGGAAGACAUAAUGGCGUCUUUUGAACCCCUUCAUUCAUUAACAGACAGUGGCUCAGAUAUUGCGGAUUUUUCAAUUACGCUCACCGUUCACCUCGUCAGUGAUGAUUCUCAAGUUACUUCCGUCAUUGACCUGAGUACUGAAGUAUACGGCAAGGUAAUGAUUACUGAUGUACCGGAAAAUCUGGAUGUUCAUUUGCGAAAGGUCGUUGCGGACCUUGAUAAUGCUCCUGGAGGUCCUUCAGAAUAUGAAUUGAUCAAGGACGGCUGUGCAGUUUCGCCGGUUGUUACCUCCACCACCUGCGACACCGACUCAGAGGACAGAUUUAGGUUUGAUAUUUUCCGAUACCCUGAUCAAAAUACUGGUGAUUAUGUUUACCUCAGGGCUGCGGUCAUUGUUUGCCUAUCAUCUAAUAGUGCCUCCGUCUGCCAAACUGAAUGCACUGCCUGCAGUUCAGGACGAAAGAGACGUGAAACUCUUGAGCAAAUCCAGCGAACAGAAUUCUACGUGACAGCAGGUCCAUUCGAAAUCCGAAAACCCGAUCAAGAAUCAGACCCUGCGGCUGGCAAGGAUGAGGGGACACCUUUGCCUUCCUAUGUGAUCGCCGUUGUGGCUGUCUGCGCUCUCUUGGCCGUCGCUAUCGUGAGUGCCGUCGUGCUUAUUGUGUUUCGCCGAAGCCGUCAAAACGUAGCAACUGUUGAACUGAAGAAUGAAGAUUCAGUGACCGCCUAAUCAUCGCUGGCUACAAGUUCGGAGCAGAAACAGCUGAACUCACCAUAAAACAUAAAAUGAACUGCACAAGUGAAAUACACUCUAAAAAGGGGGAACUAGUCCUCUUAAAAUCUUUUAUGGCACUUAAUUAAUCAGCAAAGACGCCGUGUAUGGCUCAGGUUUUCGGUUUGAAAAGUAGCUAGUAACAGCGAAGUCUUUGACCAGAAGCACAACGAGAGCUAUGACCAGAGGAGAGAAAUAUCUUCCAAGUGUUUUCACUGCUUCAUAAAGUCGUUUCAAUGAGAUUUUCAAGCAGACUAAUUAUUAGAAAAGAACGUGGUGAUUGAAACUAAACUUCUCGCACGAAAUAGUUUUCAGACGAUAUAAAAGACAGUUACGAGACUAUUUAGGACAAUAUCUUGUCUUACAGAAGCUUUCGGAUAAUUUGAGCAACAUGUAAAGGAAUACCUAUAUUUCCUUGUCGUUAGUCAGGUGUAUCUUUCGUUUCUUGGACUCCCAUAUGAAAUGGACCGGGAAGAUUGUCAGAUAUUUUAAAAGCAAACCUAAAAGCAUCAAAAUCGCGUUGUAGAGAUGUCAAUUCUUUCUGACGGGUCUUUCUUGCCAUGUUUUUCAAAGUUUGAUUCAAAAUACUGGAAUAACUUUAACUGUGGUCAUUUUGGUGGUGAUGUAAACACAAGAAGCGGUAUUAAACGGACGACUUUUAACUCCAAUUUAAAAGUCCGAUGAUCUCCUAUGUCACUUGUACAUGUGAGUAACACGUGGGAUUAUUGCAGGCAUAUGUAAAACAUUUAUGUUUCCAAGUAAUUAAAGACACUUCCAUUUAAUCUCUUUAUUAGAUACAGGCAAGUUUUUGCUCCAAAAGCUCAGACCAAGACCUUAUGUCUCAUUAGGUCUGAUUAUUUGCUUAGGUCUGUUUAUUUACUCGACACUUGCUGUAAGCUCCACAAUGCACGAAAAUAAAAUUGUCGUGUCUUCGCAUGAGAUGCUAAA